UGGUCAACCAAUUCAUCACACCUUGGACUAGCCGGUAAAAUCAGACUUUGUGAGUUUGUUCGUUACCUCCCGCCUCUACCUUCGAAGCUCUUUUCUACUUUCUCCUUUCAGAGAGAUCGUUCUCUGAUUCUCCUGGAGAUCAGGGGCAGUGAUGGCGAUUCUGUAUGCGGUGGUGGCUCGGGGGUCGGUGGUGCUGGCGGAGUUUAGCGCCGUGACGGGGAACCCAGGGGUGGUGGCGAGGCGGAUCCUUGAGAAGAUUCCGUCUCAGGCUGACUCCAGGCUCUGCUUCUCUCAGGAAACCUACAUCUUCCACAUACUUCGAUCCGAUGGCCUCACCUUCCUCUGCAUGGCCAACAACACCUUCGGCAGGAGGAUCCCUUUUUCUUACUUGGAGGAUAUUCACAUGAGGUUCAUGAAAAACUAUGGCAGAGUGGCCGACUACGCACCUGCUUAUGCAAUGAAUGAUGAUUUCUCAAGAGUCUUGCAUCAGCAAAUGGAAUUUUUCUCUGGUAAUCCUAGUGCAGAUACUCUUAACCGUGUAAGAGGUGAAGUUAGUGAGAUUCGUACCAUCAUGGUGGAAAACAUAGAGAAGAUACUGGAGAGAGGUGACCGGAUUGAACUUCUUGUUGACAAAACUUCAACAAUGCAAGAUGGUGCAUUUCACUUCAAGAAACAGUCCAAGCGCCUCCGUCAAGCUAUUUGUAUGAAAAAUGCCAAGCUUGUGGCACUAUUGACAUUCGUGAUUGUUCUAUUGCUGUACAUAAUAAUUGCUGCUUGCUGUGGAGGCAUCACUCUACCUUCCUGUAGAUCUUGAUUUCCAUUCUUGCUGUGUCUAAAUUCAGCUGAGUGUAAAUUAUCUCUGCAGUUUUCUCCAUCAGAAAUAAUUCACUUCAGGACUUGCUUUGAUCUUGUUGGAGUUUCUUUGAGUUGGUCUACAGCAUGCUGCAUGCAUAUCCUUGCAUAACAGAGUCAGGCUGUCAAAGCCGGAGGUUCAUAGCUUUUCUUCCUCUUUUUCCCCCUUCAAAGCCGGGUGUGGUGUCUCAUAAGAUGGGGCAGAGUUUUGAGCGUAAUGUUUCUUGUUUGGUGACUGGUGUUGACUUGUUAGUAGGAAACUCAAGUACAUAAAUAAAAAUUUGGAAAAUGAAGUAAGAAUUACUUCAUAUUAAUCUUGACAAAUGCGUGUAGACAACAAAAGAUGAUAUGUUACUCCCUUCAUUCCCCUUUGCGCUUUCUGUCCCCAAGAAAAAUCUGCCAUCCUUACUUUGUUUCUCCUUUUCCUUUCUGGAAGGUCGAAGAUGGAUCCCCCACUUUUGUGCUUCCACCUUGUCGCAUGCGCCCCACCACCAUUCCCCCAAGCCACCAAUCCACCAUGUUCCAGCAGCCAGCUACCAAGCACCCUCUUUCGGCAGGUGCAAGAGCCUCAUGCACUGCCUAGUGCCUAGCCCCAUUUAGCUCUCACACGCCGCUAUACAUCAGAACAGACUAGUUUCUUCCAAAGACGAGCAAGUGUAGUUUUUUAGUGACUUCCCUGAAGCAGUCUGCAAUGGUGUGCACCUCUUCAGCUGGCAAAUCACGGCACUCUACUGCGUUAUGAACUGCUUCAGCAAUCAUCUACACGUUGGCCUUUUCCCAACACUUCGGCCAAGAAAAUUAUGGAGUUAGGCUAAUUUAUUGGCUCACUUUUUUUCAUCAUUGUUUUUAUGCUGUUACAACUGUCAGGGGAUGUUUGUUAAGGCUCCCCACGUUCCUCUUUUUUGUACCUUUGGCAUUAGCAACACAUCAUUCACAUCUCGACUUCUAGAGUUUGGAAAUAUAUAUUGCUAUUGCACUUGGCAAUACUCAUUUGCUGCAGUUCAGCCAGAAAGAUGGGAUUGCCCUUUGGCGGAGCUGCAGCAAGGGGUAAGAUCAA